AUGUCUAUAUUUAUCAAAGGUCUUAAAUAUAUUCCACCAUGUCAAAGUCGAUUCUCACGUCAAUCUAUUGAUGAUAUUGUCAAUGAACAAUAUAAAACAUUACGUUCAAUUGUUCAAGGUUGUCUUGAUGAUCAUCAUGUGCAGCUUAUAGAACCACGUGAGAAAGAAGGUUUUCCUUGCUUGAAACGUAUACUCUAUGAACUUCAAUCAAAAAAAUUACCACAUCAACUAAAUAUUCGUGCUCGACGUGAACAAAAAGUAAUACGAAGUAUAAGAAAAAUUUUACGUCAUCGACCUGAUAUUACUGUUCGUCGAACUGACAAGAGCAAAGUAUUUUAUGCAGUUACUAUGCUUCUAGCUUCUCUCUUGAAAAAUCGUGCCAUUAAUCAUGAGCAACAUAAGAAAAUGUCUCCAAAAAUAGAUUCAUUAGAAUUGGCUCAUCUUCAUUUUAUUCCGAAACCACAUAAACCCGAUACACCAUUGCGGCCUAUUGUAGCAGCUAUUCAUGCACCAGCAACAGAAAUAUUCAAAUUUCUUAAUGAUCUAUUAGCACCUAAAUUUCUACGUGUUGCUCGACAAACUACAUUUAUUAAUGGUAUUGAUCUUGUCCAAGCAUUAGAAAAAUAUGUUGCCAAUGGUUAUUUAAAACCAACCACUUUGUUUAUUACUUUUGAUGUUGAAAAUCUUUAUACAAUGAUACCACGACAAGGUGAUUUAGAAGUAUUAUUACAAUUUCUAGAGCGAAAUUUACGUAAUAAUAAAAUCGGUACAUUACGUAUUGAUGAUAUUAUGAGAAUGGCUCGUCUCGUAUUGGAUACGAAUAUUUUUGUCUACGAAAAAAAACAUUAUCGACAAAUACGUGGUGGAGCAAUGGGCUCUGCCUUUACCCAAACAUUAGCUAAUAUUUAUAUGCUGGAUUGGGAACAACAACUAAUACAUGACCAACAAGUAGAUCAGGAAAUUUAUAGAAGAUAUAUUGAUGAUGUAUUUAUGACAACAAACUUAACACAUGAUCAAAUCAAAGCAAAAUUAGAAAAUGUUCAUAGAAAAGAUCCCAAUAUUCGUAUUUCUUAUUCUAUUCAAUCGACUAUCGAUUUUCUCGAUGUUACCGUUAGCAACGAAGGUGGUCACUUGAAAACAUCUAUCUUUCAUAAAUCAGCUGCUGAACCUUAUGUACUACCUUAUACUUCGGAUCAUCCUCGACAUGUUUUUCGUAAUAUUCCAUAUGCUGCUUUAUUAAAAGCUGCACGAAUCUGCUCAAAUGUAGAAGAUUUUGAUAUGGAACGUAUUCGUCUUGAUUUAUCAUUUUUACUAAAUGAAUAUCCACCUUCAUUUAUAUCCAAACAUUUUCAUCGAUUCUUCGAAAUCAAUCAGGCUAUGCCAAUAGUUGAAUAUCAAUUGAAAGUAUUCUUUAAUACAAAAUUGAUGACUGAUCCAGAUCGAAACAUUGAAAGAGAUAUCAAUCGAUUUGAUGAUAUUUUCCAUCGAUGUGAUGAUGAUAUUGAUGAGGAAGAAGAUACAAACAUUGAUUUUGAUAAUCUUUAUAUGAAUAUUGGCAAAGAUAAUAAUAAUGAUGUAAUUGAAAUUGAGCAAUUAAAUGAUGAUAAGAAUAAUUUGAUUGAUUCCGUGUUCAAAGAAGAAAAUUUAUCUCAAGAAUGA